CGUCUACAGCAAACUUCUCCUCGCAGACCGUGUGUGUGUACCGGACCAUACGACAGACAGACAUGGCAGAAGUCGCACCAGCACCCGCAGCCGCCGCGCCGGCCAAGGCACCCAAGAAGAAGGCAGCAGCCAAGCCCAAGAAAGCGGGACCCAGCGUAGGAGAGCUCAUCGUCAAGGCUGUGACCGCUUCCAAGGAGAGGAGCGGCGUGUCCCUGGCCGCGCUCAAGAAGACGCUGGCGGCAGGCGGCUACGACGUGGAGAAGAACAACUCCCGCGUCAAGAUCGCAGUCAAGAGCCUCGUCACCAAGGGCACCCUGGUCCAGACCAAGGGCACCGGUGCAUCCGGCUCCUUCAAGCUCAACAAGAAAGCCGUCGAGGCGAAGAGGCCCGCCAAGAAAGCCGCAGUCCCCAAAGUAAAGAAGGUGGCCGCCAAGAAGCCCGCCGCGGCGAAGAAGCCCAAGAAGGUAGCAGCCAAGAAGGCCGUCGCCGCAAAGAAGUCCCCCAAGAAGGCCAAGAAUCCCGCUACACCCAAAAAGGCCGCCAAGAGCCCCAAGAAGGUGAAGAAGCCCGCCGCAGCGGCCAAGAGCCCCAAGAAGGCUACAAAGGCAGCCAAGCCCAAAGCCGCCAAGCCCAAGGCAGCCAAGCCCAAGAAGGCAGCCCCCAAGAAGAAGUAA